CGGAGGCACGGCACGGCCGGCUGCCCCGACACCACGCCGGACCGUCGUAGACAGUCGUUGACAGAGACGCAAACCCAACCGUGCGGCGGCACCUUCGAUUCGUGUCACGCGUUGUUCGCGUACCCAUUUUGAGUACAGUGAAACCGUUUCGAGCGAUAUCGCAGUAACGAGUGCGAUCCGCGCGCCGUCCCGCUUUUCCGUGCCGAAUCGGUGCAUCGAUCUCGCGGUACGUAAUAUUCGAUCGGAUCUGGCACCGCCUACUACCACCGUUUACCCGCACCGUACUGCCGUUUCUGCGACACGAUGUUAAUAACGUUGCGUAGCGUUUAGGUGAGCCCCCGGUACGUUGGACCGUCGUUUGCCACGUCGAAUUCGUGUACACACCUCGGCGGACUCGUGGUUCUCGUCGCCCCGUACUGCGCGUGCGCGGUAAGAUGGACGCGAUCGCGGUCGGCGAUGCGGCACGCGGUGCUCGUCGUCGGAGCUCUGCGUCGCGGGGCGAACGAGACGAUGCGGUGUCCGUAUUACUGCCGUGCGUGAUCGAUACAACAACGGUCGCCGACCGAGACCGGGAGAUCCAACGACCGGGACCGUGGUCACUUUGAGCGGAGCUCCCGCAACAAGACCGGCAUCGCGCGCGGUCAUCGCCGCGGCCAUGGAACGGAAACGCAGCAGCCGGCGGUACUACAACAAGCGGAAAAAGACGUGGACGCAACAGUGCAAGGACUACCUGCGCCAGUUUAUAGCGUUUCUGUUCAGCAACAUCGGCAUCAUAUGCCUGGUGGUGGGAUACACCAUUGCCGGCGCGUUCAUGUUCAUCUUCAUCGAGGGUACGUCCGGCAACGCGGUCGCCGUCUCCGAGCGGGUCAAAGCCAACCGGACCGGCACCGCGUCUCGGAUCUGGGACCUAACGUGCUGCAACGAGUACUGCGAGGAACAAUGGCGGAUGGAGGUUCAGGUUCACCUCAAAUCGUUCCAGAGCCACGUCAUCGAGGCCGUACGCAACUUCAGCUAUGAGGGCGAAGGGAAAGAGAUGAACCGUUGGUCCUUUUCCGGAUCUUUUCUCUACUCGCUGUCCGUCAUCACCACCAUAGGAUAUGGUAAUGUGACCCCACGGACGCUGCUGGGCAAGUUGGCGACUAUUUUGUACGCUAUCGUGGGCAUGCCGCUGUUCCUGUUGUACCUGUCCAAUAUUGGUGAUAUUCUGGCCAAGAGCUUUAAAUGGAUUUAUGCAAAAUGUUGUCUAUGUCGGGGCUGCAAGAAACGCCGGAAGCGGAUGUUGGUCAUACAGCGGAAGGAGCAAUGGAAGAUGGACAUGCGGGACUUCAAACUGAACACCGGCGUGCUGACGGAGGGCGAGGAGAGCGACGACGAGGGCACGACCGACGGAAGUUCCUCGUUAAGCUUCAAUGACAUGCAAGAAGUUACCGUGCCCAUAUCUUUGUGUCUAGCCAUAAUGGUCGGGUACGUAUCCGGAGGUGCCGUGUUAUUUUCCAAAUGGGAAGACUGGGAGUUCUUCGACGGAUCGUAUUUCUGCUUCAUAUCACUGAGCACCAUCGGGUUCGGUGACUUCGUACCCGGCGGCAACAUGACCGAUCCGGGUGGCACCGGGUCCAGUUCCAUAAAAAGCGUUGAGCUCGGUUUCAUACUGUGCUCCAUGUACCUGAUGCUUGGCAUGGCCCUGAUUGCCAUGUGUUUCAAUCUGAUGCAGCAAGACGUGGUGAUGAAGAUCAGGACUUGCACGGAUAUACUGAGAAGAAUCACUAGGUGUAAAAACUAAUCGAUUGUAUGUAUAAAUAAUAAUAUUAUGUACGUA